GCAACCUCGCUCGAUUCUCGUUUAAAAAAUUGAAAGACUAUUUCUCGUGACACAACAGAGAGAGAGAGAGAGAGAGAGAGGGAGCGAGCGCGAGUGUACCUUCGAAUACCGGUACCUGGUUAUAUCCUGUGCAAGAUGCGCGACGGAACAGUAUUCCUCGUAGCGUUUCUGCUUUAUUGUCGAUUGUCGGUGAUCGUUGGAUUCAACAUUCUUGGAAUUUGUCCCAGCGCCAGCUACAGCCACCAGCAACCUUUUCAAGCAUUGAUGAAAGCGUUAGCGGCACGUGGACACAACGUCACCGUGAUAUCAACCAUCCCGUCAAAGAAGCCAAUACAGAACUACGAGGAUGUCGAUUUGUCGUUUACGUACCGAAGAAAGAACUGCAUCGGUUUAAGACACAUGGGAGCGUUCACUUUAUUGCACAAGAACAUGCGAGAAGGCAACGAGUUGUGCGAGGAGCAACUGUUCAGUACCCCCAUCGCAAACUUGAUUUCACGGAACAAGACCUUCGACGCGGUGAUUAUAGAACAAUUAUGGUACCAGUGUUAUUACGGUCUGGUGAAGCAUUAUAAUUCGCCCGUUCUAAUCGGAUUUCUGAGCGUUGGAAAUCUGCCUUACGUUAUGGAUUCUGUUGGGAAUCCCGACGAUCCAAUGUUAAAUCCCGACAUGGCGUACCCUUUUACGAACAAAAUGACCAUCAACGAACGUAUCUGGAAUAUCGUGUACACAAGCUGGUCGAGAAUAUACUACGAGCACUGGCACUUGCCGGCAGCACAAAAGAUCGUUAACAAGUGGAUGAGAAACGUUUCGGUCCGGGACAUGGAUAAAAACUUUAGUUUGGUGAUAUUGGGAAACAAUCACGUGUUCGGAUAUCCGAAACCUUUGCUACCGAACGUGAUAGAAGUUCACAGUCUCCAGAUCACGGAGGAUCUUGUUCCCUUGCCCGAGGACAUCCAGGAAUUCCUAGACAACGCGGUGAACGGUGCAAUCUAUCUAUCUCUAGGCUCGAAUCUACAAUCCCACGAGUUACCAGUCGGCCCUUUAACGGCGUUGUGCAACGCGUUAAGUUCACUCGAGCAGAGAGUUUUAUGGAAAUACACCGGAGACACGGUCAUUCGUUCGGAGAAGAUAAAAUUCGUGAAAUGGGCACCCCAACAAGCGGUUCUUGCACACCCGAAAUUGAUGGCCUACGUGAUGCAGGGUGGAUUGCAGUCGUUGCAGGAAGCCGUCCACUAUUCUGUCCCGGUAGUCGCAAUUCCCUUUUUCGGAGAUCAACUUUUCAACGCGCGUAAAAUCGUAGACGCCGGCAUCGGACUCACAUUGAACAUCGAUACCGUCACCGACGAGUCCAUCCGACAGACAAUCACCAACAUUAUAACAAAUAAAACAUACUAUAACAAUAUCAAGACCAUGUCGGACAUCAUAAAAGACGAAUUGGUAAAACCGAUGGAUCGAGCUGUUUGGAACGUGGAGCAUGUAAUAAAGUUUUCGAAAUCACGACACUUACGUUAUCGUGCUCGUGAUAUCUCAUCGAUCGAUUAUUAUGGAACGAUCAUAAUUUUAAUUCUACCCAUAAUUGUCCUAUUAUAUUAUUGUUAUCGAUUUGCCGAUAACAGAAGGAAACCCACGCAGGAACUCGUCCGGAUCAAUGUCGGGAAACGAUUUCCAUAUCUCGAAAAAUUAAAAUUUCAUUAA